CCCCGACACCCUGGACCAUUGUACACUGGUCGUGAGAAUGUGACCCAUGCAGGUAGCCUGGGGAUCAGGAGGUUGGCGUUAAAUGACACAGGUUACUAUACUGUUGAGGUGGAUAUGGCAAUGGGACCCAAAGAGCGACUGGCUGGCUGGAGAUUCUAAGUGAGUUGGCAACUAAUUUCCCAACAAAAAGGGGAAGUAGUCCUACGGGCUCUGGUAGGGAGAUUCCUUGGAGGGCAUAUUGUACAGUCUCAGGUGCCUGACAGUGACUCUCUAACUUUUGCUGCACAGAUGGGACACUCAACACUUUCAACACUCUUGAAGUGUGAAGAUUUUAUUUCCCACCUUUGUGUAACAUCCCCACUUUAGAGCAGUGGUUCUCAGCCUUGUAUGCUGUGACUCUUUAAUACAGUUCCUCAUGUUGUGUUGACCCCCAACCAUAAAUUUAUUUCAUCGCUACCCCGCAACUGUAAUUUUGUUACUCUCAUCCAUAAACACAUGUCCUGUAUACACAGGCACACAGAGAGAAAACCAUUAGGCCACCUGUUCAUGACCAAGAAUUGCUGUCAUUGAAGCUGAGGUACAGAAUGGCUCAGGCCCUGCCUGGGUCUGUGCAGUGCAUUGCCCACCCCCUUGUCAGCUCUGGGGCUUCUCUUUCGCCUUAUCUUAGAGCUCCUGACGUCUCUCCACCACGCCGAAUCUUCAGCAUUCCCCAAUUGAAAAAGCUGGAUCUAUGCCUUACCUGUUCCUCCUGCUCCACACAGGGUUGGGAAACAUUCCGGGCAGCUCAGCCAAUGCCAGUGUCCUGGUGGAAGGCAUGGAUUCUGUGGUUGCUAAAUGUCUUACCAACCUCCAACAUCAAGUGGUAUGUGAAUUCUGUACCAACUUUAGGCAAUAACCGCAUGACGAUUUCCCCAGAUGGCAAGACUCUGGUCAUCCACAGGGUCAGUCGCUCUGACCGAAAUCUUCAGUGUGCCAUAGAAGAUUUCCCGGAAAUGCUUCAGAGAAGUGAGGAGAUCCCUCUGAGUGUGGGCUAUGGGCCAGACUGUGUAUCACUGUGGACGCAGCCAGAUGUCUUCGAUGGUGUGCUGACUGCUGUUACUGGCUCCAGUGUGCAGCUGGAAUGUGCCUGUUUCUCCAGGCCAGAGCCCAAGUUCCACUGGAUCCACAAUGGCUCCCUCCUAAGUGUCUCAGAGGAGAGCAUGGCCCUUCCCAGUCUGUCCUGGGAGCAAAUGGGCAGCUACCGGUGCGUUGUGAAGAACCUGGAGACCCAUCUGGCCUUCUACAGGGAUGUCACCAUCCGGUCACCUGGGCCACUGCCUGCUGUCCACAGAGAGUUCUACAUCUCAGGGUCCUUGGUAGUAUUUCUCAUCAUAUUCGCAUCCCUGGGCAGUGCCUACAUCUGUGGAAUCCUGGUAUACACCCUGAUUAUAUUUUGCUCCAUCAGGUAAAGCACUGUUUUACAUCACCGGGUCAGGGCUGGGCUUCAUGACUCAGGAGACAUGGCCAGAUGGAGAAACAAGUCAGAAACUGGGCACCAGGCUUCACAGGAGGCAGACAAAUAGACUCUCAGUACCAGUAGCUAGUGGAGAGAGGACUCGUGAUGUGGGGCUCUGUUGGGGGAAGUCCUGUGCAUUUGUCAAUAAAGACUGUCUGGCCAAUAGGAAUCUAGAUAGGUGGGGCUAGGAGUCCAGGAGGAUUCUGGGAAGGAGAUACACAAGAGAGUUCGAGAU